AUGAUAGAAUCCUUAUCUGAGAAGGAGGUAUGUAAAAGUGUUGAAUUAAAUUACACAGGUGAAGCAAAAGUAAAAUAUAAAAACGGAGACAAAUUUAUUGGUACUUUUGAAAAUGGAGAAAAGAAAAAAGGAAAGUAUUAUUAUUCAAAUAAAAGUGUGUAUGAAGGAUUUUUUUCGAAUGAAAAAAAAUCAGGUGUAGGAAAAUUGAUAAAGAGUGAACAUGAAUUUUAUUACGGAAAUUUUGAAAAUGGUAGAAAAAAAGGAAUAGGUUUUCAAAAAUAUCGUAAUGGUGAUUUUUAUUAUGGAGAAUGGAAGAAUAAUAAAAAAUAUGGAAAGGGAAUUUAUUAUUUUUCUUCAACAAAAGAAUAUUAUUUUGGAGAAUGGUGUAAAGGGAAUUUUAUAAGUGGAGAAUGGUUAAUAUCAAAUGAAUUAAAAUAUAUUGGUAAAUAUUUUAGAAAUAAGCCACAAUUUAAAGGAUACUUUUUAUUUCCAAAUGAAUUAAAAAUGAAUGUUUUUUAUAAACAAAUGCUUACUAUUUCUAAUAUAAAUGAAAAUAAUGAAGAACAAAUAGAAUUGCAAUGGAAUCGUAUAGACUAG